AUGAGCCUUUUUCUGCAGGCCAAUAUUCUGUUGGGUCUUCGUGUUAUUCUAAAAGAAAAUUCUGAAAAAAGUAUGCAAGCACUGACAGACAGUAUGAUAUCGAUGAUGAUGGCAGGCAAUAUAAUCAAACACAGUAUCAAUAAUGAAGAAGUCACGAAAUUGCUAGAGCUUAUUGAAUGUGACAUUGCUUCUAGCCACUAUGAUUUGAGAGUCAGAAAAAAUUAUUUGUGGAGAAAAAUUCAGAAUUACUGUCGGGAGAAGAGGAAAGAUAUGAGCUCUUUGACAAGAAAUUUAAAAAUUAUAAUUUUUAUUUGUGGAUUUGCAGUUAUCAACAGAAAUAUAAUUAUUCAUUUCUCUGGGUUGAUAACUCCAGAAAAUGAGUCUAUCGACUGGCCAACUCCUUUGUUGAGCUAUUGCUCUCCUGAACUCAAAUCUCCAAUAUUUUUUCUAUACUUUUACACCUUUCAUAGUUUAACAGUGUCAAUAUAUUUCACAGAAGCAUUCUUGAUUGUAUUUUUGGUAACCCUUUCUAUAGAACGCUUACUGGCUGAUUUUGACAUACUCAUCAUUCUUUUGGAUGAUCUUAUACAAGUUUCUUUAGAGCCAGGUCUCAAUGCUGACUCCAACAACAGUUCGCAAGCAAUUGAUCAACAGAACAACAUCUCACAUUUCACAGAAAAACCAGUUCAUCUAAGAGAAGAUAUGGCUCAUAUUGUUCAUCACCAUCAAACUCUUUACAGAAAUUUUAGACUUUGUGCUGAUGGCUCAGGAUAUAUGAUUUCGAUUAUAAAUAUAGAAAUCAUGAUAUACUGCUGCACCAUGGCUUAUCUCGUGCUAACAACUAAUGAUUUGAGAAAGAGGAUGAUUUUUGCUUUGUCAUUCGUUUUGGUAAGCUUAACCAUAUUCUACGCUUAUCAUAAUGGUCAACGCAUUCUCAAUCAGAACGACAUCUUGCGCAGAAAGCUAGCAGAGAUUCAUUGGACAGACAAGCCGCACUGGUUCAAGCAGACUCUCCAUAUUAUGAUGACACGGGCCAACGUCGAUAUUCAGAUGCGGCCUUUCGGCAUAUACACACUCAACUAUGUGUCCUUCAAAGAUUUGAUGAAAUCCACUUACUCCAUUGGAAAUAUUCUAUAUACAAGGAAAAUGGCCAGUGAUAAUAUGGAAACGAUAAUAAUUUAA